CGUCUUGUUGUUGUUUCUGUCCUUGUUAUUGUUUGGUUUUGUUUGUGUGGCGGGUAUUGCCCCUCUUUCGAUUUGUUUUUGAACAUCAAUCAAAACAUGUCUGUGCCGUCGGAACUUUCUUUGGAAGCUGUGAGAAGGUUUAUGCUAGAAAAUGGAGGGAAAGUCACCAAUCAUGACCUCGUCAAGCAUUUCAAGCAAUUUCUCACAAACCCUGUCAAUAGAGUCCAGGCACGGGAGCAUUUCAAAGAAAUAGUCAAUGUUGUUGCAACAAUUCGUACCGAAGAGGGAGAAAAAUUUCUUGUUUUAAAAAAGAAAUAUCAAGAACCAAUGUUCUUUGAGCCAUCUUCAUCAUGUCCACCUUACCCAACAUCGCCUCCUCCCUCAGACCACCUAAACCCCAACGCAGGGUAUGAAUCAGUUUGUUCAUUUUCCCCGCUGCAAUUCUCUCACAUGGGCUCCAAUAGCAAUAUAUACACUUCUCCAUCACAAUCCUUUUCUGAGCCAAUGUCACCUUCAAGAGCUCCACCCCCAUAUCGAGCGCCUCCACCUCCUGUUGUGUCGCCAACACGAGGACCUCCACCACAACCUCAUAUCAUGAUGCCCCCUCCUCCUCCACCAACGAACAAAGGUCGACCACCUCCCAUCACUGCAUUAUUGUCAGAAGAAGCUGCAACUGCAGAACUAGCAAGACAAUCAAGUGUGGAUUCAAUUGAUGCUGCGGACGAACCAGCCAUUGCGCCACCUGUCCCUCCCAGGAGGAAAAGUAGUGUGAAAUCUUUGAAGCUCGACAACAAGGAAAAUUGUUCCGAUGUGUCAGACCCUAAGAAGAGGCCAAAAAGUGACGAUUAUGACUCAAAAAGGAAUUCGCUUGCCGAGUCGGAGGCUGAGCACAAGAUUAGUGUUCGCGACGCGAUGCAGAAGUUUAACCGCCUGGCGUCCGAGAACGAGCUGCAGCGGGCCCACCUCCCGUCGAGGAAGAAGCCCGACAAGGUGGCCGCGGCCGGCAACAGGACGGACCCCGAGGACGACGCCGUGUCCGUGACGCUGCUGGACCCCAAGUCCCGCGAGUGGCUGGUGCGCGCGUCGCAGUGCCACUACCAGAUCCUGGCCAAGCUGUCCGCGGAGAACCCCCGGCUGGCGACGUUCAAGGACCCCACUUCCGGCUAUACGGCGCUGCACUGGGCCGCCAAGCACGGCAACGAGGACGUCAUCAAGCUGAUCGCCGGCACGCACCAGGCCGACGUCAACGUGCGCUCGAACGGGGGAUACACUCCGCUUCACAUCGCCAUGCAGUUCGGCCACGAGGACAUUCACAAUCUGCUGGUGCAGGUUUACAGCGCCGACCCCAACAUUCGCGACUGGAGCGGACGGAAGCCCCGCCAGUAUCAGAUGAGCCAGGGCACCUCGGUGUCGGCGGACACGUUCCGCAAAAUAAAAGCAAAGAAGAAACAUGCAGAAAAGGAUUCAGGAUUUUUGAGGAUUGGUUCUUUGAAUGUGAGAGUGAAGAGGACAACUGAAGCCUUCAGCAAUUUCCUUGGAGUGGGACAGCAAAAUGCAGACAAAAUUCACAAAACCUGGGGCUCUGCAGAUAAUGUUCAACAAGGUGACAGGAGGAUGAUGCCACCACCACAAUUCGCUCCAAUCAAGAAGAGGAAGUCAAAACGAGCACAAGAUUUUGCCAUUUCACACAGUACUCCAAGUACACCGUCUCAACCUCGAGCCAGCAUUUCAGAAAUUGAAAGGGAUUCGGACUCAGAUACUGCUGCAGGGUUUGAUUCUAACUGGCAGAAUUGAAUGUUUUCAACCUUAAAUUAAAAUAAUUGAAUAGGAUCUGUGGAUUUUGUUAGAUUAAUAUUUUAUUUUUCCUUUGCAUUUUACAAGUAUUGUUGUUUAAAAAAAAUGCUCCUCUAGUAGCCAAUGUCCCUAUGCCAUGAAAAAGUUAAUAGACCCUGUGAGAAAAGGGUGGACAGAAUUAUGUGAAAUCAGCCAUGUCCAGCCUAGCUUUUUUCACUAGGAGGCGAGUGCAGUGUGUUGGGGGCUUCUAAACCCUUGAAGCUGAAUGUGAUAUAAUGUAAGUGUUAGGCUUUCCACUCAUGUCUAGUUAUACCUGUCAUUUCCAUUGAAAUGAUUGGGUACCCCUGCUCAAAUAAGUAUUGCACAGAUUAAUGAACUUUAUUUUAAUAUGUAUGUUGUGUGUGUAUUUAUGUGAUGGCCUUAUAUGAUCCCGUUAAGCAGCAUGUAUUAUGGUCGAACAAAACACUUAGUUCCAGCCCAAUUGGCUUUAGAACUUUGUACUGUAUUAUAUUGUAUUUUAUUAUUACAGGAUCCCUGUAAUUACUUUUAUUGUGUGUGAUCAGUGCAAACCAGAUGUGCAUUACAGAACAUAAUUAUUAAACUGGUUUCAUUUUUCCCAAAAUAAAUAUUAUUUUUAAAAAAAGUA